AUGGGCACCCCAUUUAUAUCCCUCCAAGAGCCGACGCCGCUAGACGACUACCUCCUCGGGCGCCCUCACGAUGCCCAACCGCCGUCCAUUCCUAAAUCCUUUUCCGACGCCAUGGAGGUGCGCACCGCCGUCUUCAUCGAGGAGCAGGGUGUGCCCGCCGAGAACGAGUUCGACGCUGACGACAGCCGCUGCUGCCACUGGGUCGUCUACGCGUCUGUCAAUCAGGUCGUCCAGGAGGAGGUCGUCGACGCCAACGGUAACAUCACGACGCCACGACGCAGCAGUACCCGGUCAACUCCCAUUGGCACCGUUCGUCUCGUGCCCUUUCCCCACGCGCCGCACCCAAAGGACGGCGGAGAGUACUGGGACGGCAUGCUCAAGGGCGGGGCCGUAGAUGGGGUUGAGGGCGGGGACGCCACGGCGGGACCACCGGGGCGGGGUGAGGACGGGAUCCUGCUCCAUGAGGCGGAUCGGGCGACGAGCCUGCACGAUGGAAAGGAGCCGUAUGUCAAGCUGGGACGGCUGGCGGUCGUGAAGGAGUUUCGGGGUCAUGGCAUUGCGAAGCUCUUGGUCGGACAGGCGUUGGGAUGGCUCAGGAAGAACCCGACGUAUUUCGACCCCAGUAUCAAGGAACAAGGUCUUGAAUCAUUGGGUGCCGCUUCCGAGAAGGACAUUCCAAAAUGGGGUGGUCUCGUCUGCGUACAUUCACAGGAGCAAGUCACUGGGACGUGGGAGCGUUUCGGAUUCAAUGUCGAUGAGGAAAUGGGCCGAUGGAAGGAAGAGGGUAUUUGGCACCGGGGUAUGUUCAUGAGACUGGAGCUUGGGGGUGACGAAGCUUCAUCCUAA